AUGUACGGCGCGUACUGGUGCAGCCACUGCUUCAACCAGAAGCAGGAGUUCGGGAAGACGGCAUACAAGGCCAUCGACUACUACGAGUGCGCCGAGGACGGCUACGCCUCGCGGCGCGACGCCUGCCAGGCGCGCGACAUCAAGGGCUACCCGACGUGGGAGAUCGGCGGCGCGCUCUACCCCGGCGAGAAGACGCUCGACGAGCUCGCGGCGCUCUCGGGCUUCGUCGAGUAG